AAAGCAACUGACAAAUGACAAUACAAAAUACAAUAUUGUUUUGGUAAAAUCUAUCGUUAAAUCCUAGGGCUACGUAUAUUCUGUAUAUUUUUAUUUGUAUUUAAAUCACAUACAAGAACUGAACAGAAGGCUAUUGAAAAAAAUGUAAUUAACAAACAUUAACAGAAGAGCUAUAAAACUUUGUUUCUGGACUUUAAUCCUAUUUAAGAAUUGGAUGUUCGAAGCAUAAAAUAUAUACUGCUUAUUAUUUAAAAAAAACUGUGCUUGAAUAUGCCUUAUAAUGAAUUUUAGACUAGAAGAUAGUACUUGUCAAAAAUUACCUCUUAAGUUUGAAGAAAUCAUAAAGGGAAUAAUAACAAAAUCACAAUCCCCAGAGUUAACUCAGAAAGAAAUAUUCCUGACAUUAAUUAUUUAUAUGUUCAUAGAAAAUGGUUUUGUGCCAGUUGUCCAAGAUACAAGUACAAGUGAUGUACUAAAUAUUCAUCAAAUUUCUACAUGGACAUUAAGUACAGGAGCAUGUGAGAUAACAUUUAUACUGACAGGCUUUAAUGAUAUACCAGUAAAAUUAUUGAUGUGUUCAUUGGCUACAACUGUUUUGGUUAAUGUUUUUAUCAAUGAUGUCAAUUCAGAGGUAUAUUCCAUUUGUUUACCAAUAAACGAAUAUGUUGCAUCACCUGAAGCUGCAACAAUUCCUAUGAUUUUUGGGGAUUUAAGAAAAUUGACAUACAUUUUCAAAAAUAAAAUUGUAAGUCCAGUUAAGAGUUCAAUACUUUGCUAUUGUGGCUACUCUAGUGCAAGUCUUUUUGGCCUUCCUGAAGAGGUACUGCUUAAUAUACUUUUGACCUUGCCAAUUAAUGAUGUAAUUAAUGUUGCUAUAACUUGUAAAAGAUUAGCUUUAUUGUUGGAAAAUUCAAGGCUCUGGCAUAAACUAUUCCUAAGAGAUUUUACUGAAGUAGUUAGUGACACAAAUGAUUGGAAAAAAUUAUAUAAGGAUGCAUAUAUUGCUCAAAAAGAAGAAAGAAGAAGGUCAUGCCGUUUGACCGGAACAUUACAUGAUUUAAUGGAUUUCUCUGAUUUUGUGUCAUAUAUUGAUAAUCCCCUAUGGGAUGUUAUAACAUAAUGAUAUAUUUAUAUGUAUAUGUAUAUUAUAUAAAAUA